GAUAACGGAAGCGCUCAAUUUGAGUUGAUGGCGGUUGAUGGAGUUCAUGGUGACCCAAAAUGGACAGCGAUAGAGUGGUGUUUUGCCCGUUUUGUGGCAAACAUAUGAGCCAAUUAACAAGACUUUGUUUUUCGUGUGGUCGGUCUUUGGAGUUUUUAAAUGGCGCAGACAAGACAGAAGGACCAAACACACAGGGGACAUCUCAACAGCCGGAUAAUGCUAAACAAACAGAAAAACCUUGCACAUCAUACAAACAGUUCAUGGAGUACAAAAGUUCAAAGUCCAAAGAGCGUCAGUCUUUUAACUACGGGCCGAGAGGAAGACAUCGGGCUAAAGAACGAAAACACGUCCAGAUAAACAUUGGAUUGAUGGUGCCAAAUGGAACUGAUUUAAAACCUCUAAGAGGGAAAACACUCCCGUUAUUUGUAGACCCAGAGGUAGCAGCUCCUGAUGUACUGAAACAAGCUGUCCAGAAAAUGAAAACAUUUAACAAGGACAUGCCAGAAGGACCGUACAUCCUUUUGUAUCCAGACUGCUCAGAGGUGGUCCAUGUGCCUGGAUCAGAAAGGCCAUUCAAAUUGGCAGAAUAUAAAAAGGAACUAGGAAGGCCAUAUUCCAGGAUCACAUUUUUCAUUUGCCUAGAAACACAUUUUAAAGGAGAAGCAGUGGAUAAUACUUCAGACUCUGAUUCUGAAAUUGUCAUCGCAUCAAGGAGCACAGCUGAAUUCAAUCGAGCUGACACAGUGGUUUUUGAACCACAAAACCGAAGUACUCCCAAACUCAAACCUAAAGAUGAAAGGGAGGAGAUGGACAUUACACUACCUGACAUUGUACCAAACCUGUCGCUUCCUAUUGAUCAAAGAGUCAGCAGGUUCAACAUCUCAAGGGCUAAUGUUUGGGAUGGAGCCGUCAGAGGUUUCAAGCGUACAACAUAUUCUGAAACCUGUGACCUGCUGGUCAGAUUUACUGAUGAUGCUGGUAUUUUUGAGGAGGGAAUUGACACUGGUGGUCCAAGACGAGAAUUUUUAUCUCUGCUAAUGAAACACCUGAAAGACCGGCACAUUUUUGAUGGACCAGAAGGACAUCGGUUCUUGGUCUACAAUGCAAAUGCUGUUAGGGAGGAUGAAUACUUAAUGGCAGGAAAGAUGAUCGCAGUGUCAGUUGUACAUGGAGGUCCAGGACCCCAUUUCCUGUCAGAAGAUCUUGUACAUUAUCUUGCCGGCCAGCCUUCAUUCAAACCAACAGUUAAUUUAAUAACUGAUGAAGAAAUAGGGAAAGCUUUGCGAGAGAUUAAGAAUGCUGCUUCAUUGGAUGCUCUGCAAGAAUGUAUCAUGAGACACAGCACAAUGUUACAGACAGCAGGCUGUCUGAGACAUGUUGCUGCUGUGGAAGAAAAGAUCGUGGCAGACUACCUCCAGUGGUAUAUUAUUGACCGCAACUCAUCUGUAAUUGACAGAUUCAAAGAUGGUCUUUCAGCCCUUCAGUUUCUGACUACACUACAGCAACACCCUACUUUGCUCACCCCUGUCCUGUGCCACUUUGAAAAGCGACUCACUGGCUUUGAGCUUGAAAAACUCUUCAAACCUGACCUCAGCCCUUCAGGGAGUAAUAGGAGACUAAAAGAAAGUCAAACCGUGACCUACUGGGCAGACUAUCUCCUUGACUGUGAAGGUUUGUAA